UUGUCACGGAUUUUGACAGAGUUCCAAGAUGGUGCCGGAGGAAAAUCCGCGUUAUUUUGUGCUCCUGAAAAUCUCUCGAUUUGUGGGUGAAAAAUACGGCAAAAUGUGCUAAAUAGUUGAUUAGGAGUGUUAUGAAAAUUGUCCGGGACGGAUAUUGCCAUCUAUCCCUGUGUGUCAGUGCUGAAUUACUGCGUAUAGUCCGUUUGAGAAACAUCUGUGUUUCCGUUUCCGUGCCCCAAGAGUGUACAGUAGUUUGGGAAGGCGCCUACAGAGAAUCGGGCUGAACAGAAAGAAGAGAGAGAGAAAAAAAUAUUGUCUCGCCCUGCUAAAAUAAUCCACACCCAGACACCCAAAUUCCACCCAGUUUUCGCAGCCCUCUUCAAUCUCUGGCGGAUUCCUGUGGCGGCGACUCUCCCGGAAAAAAAUAACCGUGAUCAUCGAAGCAGAGGAAGGAAUAAAACGUGAGGAAAAAUGGUUGUCGGAGAAUCAACGGAGGCAGGAGCUGCAAAUGCUCUGCCAACGCCUCAAACGACAGCACCAACUGGCUUUCCCAACCAGGCUGCUGUGGACAAUAUAAUGAGUGGUAUCGGGAAUACAGGAACUGUUAAAUUGAAUAAUCACAGGAAGAAACUACGACAAAGGUUCGAUAUAAUUAAGAAACUGGGACAGGGUACUUAUGGGAAGGUACAGCUCGGUAUAAACAAGGAGACUAGUCAGGAGGUGGCCAUUAAGACGAUUAAAAAAUGCAAAAUUGAAACUGAAGCGGAUCUCAUAAGGAUUCGACGUGAGGUGCAAAUUAUGAGUUCUGUACAACACCCCAAUAUUAUUCACAUUUACGAAGUAUUUGAGAAUCGUGAGAAAAUGGUGCUAGUCAUGGAAUUUGCUGCUGGUGGUGAAUUGUAUGAUUAUCUGUCGGAGAGGAAGGUGUUAUCAGAGGAGGAAGCUCGUCGGGUAUUUAGACAAAUAGCAACAGCUGUCUACUACUGUCACAAGCACAAAAUUUGCCAUCGUGAUCUUAAAUUAGAGAAUAUUCUCUUGGACGAGAAUGGCAACGCAAAGAUUGCAGACUUUGGUCUGUCCAAUGUGUUCGACGAGCAAAGACUGUUGGCGACAUUCUGUGGGUCGCCUCUCUAUGCGUCUCCGGAAAUUGUCAAGGGGACUCCGUAUCAGGGUCCGGAAGUCGAUUGUUGGUCAUUAGGGGUCUUGCUCUAUACCCUCGUGUAUGGUGCUAUGCCCUUCGAUGGCUCCAAUUUCAAGAGAUUGGUCAAGCAAAUCAGCCAGGGUGAUUACUAUGAACCCAAAAAACCCUCUCCUGCUUCUCCGCUCAUCCGGGAGAUGCUCACCGUUUGCCCACAGCGAAGGGCAACAAUUGAGCAAAUCUGCAAUCAUUGGUGGGUCAAUGAGGGUUACCAGGAGUCUUGCCUGGACCUGGCUGAGGAGCUGGCCAAUCAGACACCUGUAAGACUCGAUGUACUCCUUUCUCUGGCUCCGUCCUCGGUUACGGCCGAUCAAUUAGUUGUUCCCGGACUGGAAGAUGGAAAGCCGACGGAUCGAGUCACGAGAAGUCAUUCAGUGGGAUCUAUCAUUGAUCUGGCCAAUACUGAGGCCGAGAGGAGGAUUAUCGAUAUGGUUCAGGCUGGAGGGGAGGCAGCUCUAAUGCCAUCGCCAACGAGAACAAUUACUCCAGCUGAAAGUCCGGCACAGCCAAAGCGAAAAUUGGAAACAACGGUGUCCAUGGAGAAUGCAACAGGUGCGAAAAAGAAGGAAAAACCCACGGAGAAUCUCAAGAAUGAAUCGUUGACCAUUGUGGAGGCGAUGGAUCUCGAUCCGGAAAUUCCACAGAGUCAAUCGGAGGCGAUUGUUGAGGAUGCCAAGGAGAAGGAAGUAUUACAGUUGGCUGAGGAGGCACCAAGUGAGACGGUGAGGGAAAUUGUGGAGGAAGUGCCAGUGAAGGAUGGUAGUCCGGAGAAGAAGAAGGUGGUGAAGAAGAAGGAGGAAGUUGUGAAGGAGAAGACGCCGGUGAAGAAGACAGCUAGUAAGGGUAAAACAACAGACUUGGCGGCUACAAUUAAAGAAGUGGCUGAAGAGGCACCAAGUGUGCCCAGUGAACGGAAGAAUAGUCUUCCGGAGGAGAAUCUGACGAAGCCAACGGAACGACGACGAUCGCGAAUCUUCGAGACAGCUGAGAAAUUCCAGAAUAUGGCCAAUCAAAGUGAUAGACCGAAGAAAUUUGUGGUACCAGGAGGCGGUGGAAGUUCUGGUGGAUUCAAGAGGGACUCCGAGCGAAGAGCAUCUGUGCCAGUGGUUGAGGCGACAGAAAAGACGACACCGCAAUCUCAAGUUCAGGAGAGUAGUACUCCUGUGGAGAAAUCUUCAACGAGGGAGGCGAUGAAGUCAGACGAUCUGCAGAGCAGUGAUUCAAAGGGGUCGGUGCAGAGUUUCUCACUGGAGGAAGCGAGGAAGUCAAUGGAAAAUUCAAUUGCACUGCUCAAUCAGGCUCGAAAUGAAUCGAAUCCUGAUGUUGAUCAACUGUGUGCCAAGACUGAAAAUGUGGCUGUUUCCGAGGAGAAUGCUGAACGUCAGAGGAAAUUGAAGAAUGCCAGAGAAAUAAUUGGUAAUGCCAUACAGCCUGGAAGAUUAUGCAUGGGUAUUCGCAAGCCUCCUGUACCGUUUGGUAUCAAUGGACGGUCAAUAUCAGGAAGUGUUGUGCCAUCAGCGACGGGAAGUGAGAAGAAAUCAAUGCGCCUGCAAGUUGGACCGGAUCCAAGUGAUAUGAGAACCGCCACAUUUUCGGUAUCGACACCGGAACAGAAAACUUUCGAGCGAGAGCCACUGACCGCUUCAGUUGCAAAACCGGUUGCAGUUGGUACGUCAGUUGAGGCACCCGGUGAAGGUACAAUGAAGACUUCACGUGCUGAAAUUGUCCUCAAGUCUGCCACACUGCCCCGUCGGAAGGCCACAAAGCAGGAAGUCCAGCAGGAUACAUCAUCUUCAACUAAACCUGAACCACAAAUGCGUUUCUCCACUGAGAUGCAGCAUCAAAUGCCAGAUUUACGUAGUGCACCCAUUCGUGAACAUUCAACACCCUACAGUCCAUUGUCACUUCAUCAGCGUGCCAUGAGCCUAGAACCUCAGGCUAGGGAGCAUUUUGUGCCAAUUGCCCGUCCAUCGAACUACAUCCGGACGACAUCUUCCAAUCCCUUCCGGGCUACAUCGCUCUCGCGUCAGUCAACAAAUGAGUCUGACACAGAGACAACUACCACGUCAGCCACUCAGAGCCAACAAAAUGUGGCAGCUGGUGGAACAAAUCAGCCGAUUAAGAAGAGCCCAAGGGAAUUUAUUAUUCCCAUUGCGGUUGAGGGUGGGGGUUAUAUAACACCCAGAGCUGGAAGUCUCGAACCAUCGGAAUCAACAGCCAGUGGCUCGACAUUCAGAAGUACAGCAAGUCGCACCAAGAGAAUUGGGUCAUUGCUGAGUGAGAGGGAUUCCGAGGAGGAUUCCCUAUUCAACAAACUCCAUCGUCAUACUUCACUGACUAAGGAAAGUGACACAGAUGAGCCAAGAUUUCAUUCUAUGCAUCGUCUCAGAAGUACACGUCCUGUGAAGAAGAUAAAUCAGGAUCCCUCGGCGGAUUCUGCAAGUUCCGGGGAAGAUGACGAUGAGGAUGGUUUUGAAAUUCUCACAGCUGAGAAUCUCUUUUCAACUCUCUUGCAAAGAGUUCGUGCUCUGACAAAUCGGAUAAAUGUGAACAACGAAACAACUUCGGGAUUCCCAAGUUCGAGAUUUAUGAGCAAUCUAAGACAAGGACAUAGUCCAUUCUGGCAUCAUGAUCCCUUCGGAAGUACCACUCACCCAUCUCACCAAAGUUACUCAUAUAGGAGUGAAACAGUUGAAACCAAAGUAACUCGCCUCAACAAUGGAGGUCAUCCCUGGCGAACUAGUAUGACCCGUGACCUGACGGCCGACAUUGACUCAAUGUUCUCACGUUCAACAGGAGCUACUCUGCCUAGAGGGCCAAAGAAUAAGUAUAAAAGAGGCGGGAAUGAUCACUGUGAUGGGGGAGAUGGUGUGGAUAAUGGGGAGAAUCUCGAUUUGGCUGAUUUGGAUCUGUCUCAGCUUAGGCUGACUAAGAAAGAUCUUGAGACAUUGUCUAGUAUCACUCCGGCAUUGUCAAAACGUGUUCAGGAUCAGCUUCUAGCUAAAUUGCCACCAAAUCAAGCCAAGAAACUGUCCAGAACACUCUCAAUGCAGAACAAUGCACCACAGAAUCCUGGUCAGAGGAUGUAUAAGAGAAGUUUGAGCGGAGGAAGGGAUAUAAGUGAUGGAAAGCCGGAUUUGAUUAAAGAUGUCACGGAUUCUGGUGGAAAAUCCACAGAUUUGGACAGAGACAAUGUCUUCCGGAGGAGUUUGAGCAGAACGAGGUAUGAUGCGGGAGAUAAAGAGUCCAGAAGUUCAAGUAGAUGCCGAGAUUCCCUGAGAUCUUCAUAUUCAAGCGAUGUUAGUGACAAAUACAAGACUUACUCGCCAUAUUCGGACAAUUUGGCAAUAUCACUGGACAGGAAGAGUGACUAUGAAAAGCCACCAUCUCCCUACAGAUACUACGACACACUCCCGCCAAGAUCUUCCUGCAUGAGUCCUACUAAAGAAUACGGACGUCCACCUAUCGGUGGAUGUCUAUCUCCUCCGCCUGUUCUCAGUUCCGACAACAGUGUCCUGAGGAGGAGAUCAUCUCAGAGGAGAAUAUCUCGAUUCCUUCGUCCGGAUUUCUUCGAUACGCCUCGCGAGGAGAGUAUCUACGUUGCUGAUCGCGAAGCUAGAGAUGCAGAAUCUCAAAAGAUUCUACGGGAAAUCCGAGAGAGGAGUCGAGAAAGAAGUAUGGAUACUUAUGAUCGCUUCAAGAGGGACUCCAGUGAAGAUCGACUGGCGUACUACUCAGACAAACACACUCCCGAUGAUACACUCAACCGUUCGAGAAAGCACUUAGUCAACUGUCCCCAAUACAGUGUAGAUCCCGUGGCAAAUGCCCUGGAUCUUAUCAAUACUCGCCGGAGGAGUUUGUCGAGAUCUCGGGAUUUAUCCGAAGGUGCUAAGAGUUGUGAGAGUGAUCUUUCUCUGACAGAUAGGAUCCUCAAUGAACUACAGAGUAUCAGUAGAUCGAAAGCCGAUACUCCGCAGGAAGAGCCCGUUAAGGUCAAAGUGAAGAAGUCCAAAUCCAAGUCAGAUAGCAGUGAAAAAACUGAGGAGAAAAAGGUGAAGAAGCAGAAAUCAAAGAGUAAGAUUCCAGCUAAAAGUGAUCCAAAUCAAUCAACUUUGUCUGCCAAUGAGAUGGAUCUUGUGAAAAAUCUCACAGAACAGAUAAAUUCUGUCAAUUUGCUGCUGGACAAUCCGUCGGGUGAGGAGAAAGUCAAGAAGGAAUCUAAGCUUAUGCGUCCUAAAUCCUAUCCGAGCAAGGAACCUGAGAAGGUGAAGAAAAUCUCUCCGGAUAAGAGUAAAUUAGCUCUGGUGAGUGAGCAGGAAGUUCAGCAGCAACAACAACAACCUGUUCAGGAGGAUAAAUCUCAGGUGCGUCCGAAGAGUUUCCCGAAUUCCAAGCUAACUCCUCCCAAAGAACUCAAAGAGCUUAAGAAAUCCCUGGAAAUCAAUGGAAUUGGGGCAGUUGAGAAGAUUGAGAAGAUUGACAAGGUAGAUAGAGUUGAAAAGAUCGGGAAGAGUAGUAAAUCUCCUCCGAAGACUCUUACUGAACCCGGGAGUACACCAGCACCUCCAAAGACAACAAAGAAGAUUGUGAAGAUUGUGAAGAAAUCACCGCCAAAGUCUGAAACAAGUACACCAAGUUUGAGUGAGAAGAUUGAAAAAACUCCGCUAAAGAUUGAAGAAAUCAAGGAGAAGUCUCCGGAGAAGAAGAACAGAGGUUUCCUGUAUAGCAUUAGUCAGAAAUUUGAAAAGCUCAAAGAGAAUACGAAGGCCAAAGAGAAGAAAAAUGCCGCAAAAGAAGUUCCUGGAAAAACGGUGGAGAAGUCCAAGUCGAAAGAAUGUGUCCUGAAUGGUGGAGAGUCUAUUCCGAAGAGUGAAGAAGUACCAGUAGUUGUGAAGAAGAAGAAAUCAAAAGUUGAAGCACAGACUGAGGAAUCUCGCGAAGAUCUGGCUAACAAACUCGAUCGGAAAUCAAAGAUUGACGCAAUGAUACGGAAUUUGAGGGAACGAUCUGUUCCCAGGACGUCAGGAAUUACAGAAUCUGGACUGAUAAAGCGUGCAGUGAGCGUUGAAGAUAUGUCAGGAGCUUUCAAUAAGUGUGGAGUGAAUAGAGUUUUGGGGCUAUUCAAAAAGAUCGAAAAGGAGAGUAUGGAUGGUGGGAAUCGAGUAAGAAAUACCAAGAGUAUAGGGAAUGUUGUUGGAAUUCAGCAAACUGAGAUGAACGGGGUGAAGGAGAGGCCCAAAUCAAGUGGAUUUGUGAGCAAACUCAAGAAGACAUAUCCCUAUACUGGAGCCAAGAGUGACACAAUUGUGACAAUCACUGAGCAUCUGCAGAAGCAGCAGAAGCAAGACAAGAUGAACGGGAAUACCAAGAUACCCAUUAAAUGUAUGCCAAAUUGUCCGGAAUGUGGAGAGGAAGCUGUUCAGGUGACGAAGAGGCAUUCCAAUGGCGAAGCAUUGGGUCAGAGUGUUGAGGAGAAAGAGAGAAUCAGAAACAACAGAAAGGGUCUAAUGCUAGACUUUACCAAGUUAGAAUGCUGUCCGGAAACCAAGAGACACUCAAUGGUGGAACCCAAAGUGACCAAUUUCACAAACAACAAUCUCACAAAUCAUUCAACAACGACAGAGAUUAAUCAAAAUCAUCUGCAUACACCUUCAUCUGACUAUAUGGCUAGCUAUUCUUCUGACUCUAGGAGUCCCUAUGAUAUCGACUGCGGAGCCUCAACUAGCACCUUCUUCUCCCCAACGGAUGAACCAGAGUUGUAUUUCGAUGACUGGUCAGUCUGUUCAGAUGAUCAUUUAAUCGUCAAUUCCCCGCCACCAUUGACAAAACUCUCUCAUCACACUCCAGUACAUGUGAUCUCUCCGCAGCACGAUCAUCCAGCUUCGGUCGAGAGUAUUGUAGAUCGCAUUCGUCGCAAGAGUUUCUACACGCGUUUCAACGAAAAGAAACCCAAACGUGUCAGCACAAUUGUCGGACCAGCAGCCAAGGACUACUACAGAGAUACAGCUUCCAGAUCCAAAUCCCGUCCUCCCGAAUAUGUAAAAUCUCCCACUGUUACUAUUGGUGAUCACUCAAGGGGUGUUCAUGAAUACUAUAGACCCUUGAGAAUGCCAACAGACUCCACAACAUCUUCCAGCAGUAGUAGCAGCAAGCACAAUUCCGCCCCAGUCAAUGGAUACAGAUCAUCGGACUUCCUGUCACACAGACAUGGUGGUGGAGAUUACCUAACUCCGACAGCUCUCAGGCGGCCAACAUAUUCAACAGAUCUCAGCUACCAAGUCAAGAGCAAUCCCAGCAAUAGGAGCAGUCUCUAUGGCGAGGGCAAUUCCAUCUACAGCACCUUCAGUCCCAAACGCAGGGUGUCCUAUGCAAGUGGAGGGCCCAUCGAUACCUACGCAACGCUGGGAAGGAAAUCCUCGGGUCUGCUGGUGGGCAAGUGCGUGGAAAAUGGAGCCAAUCCAAGCAAUAAUUUCUACGUGAGAACUUCCUCAGCUCUUCCAUCACGAAGGAGUCCAACAACAAACAUUUGAUCAAAGCCCCAGCAUCAGCUAAAAGUGAUUUUUGGACGAAAUUGUUUUUGCAUCUUUAACCCUUGAGGGUGUGAUUGUUUAGCCAGUAAACAUUCAUAAAAUAUUCAGCAUAAUUAAUAAGAUGAAACAUUUACGAAUGAAUUUUGUGCAAGAACCGAGAGUAUAUGUCCUUACAAUACACGAAGAAUAAUAUUCUAAAGAAAGAAAUAAAAAAAUCAAUUUUUAGGGACUGUUUAUUCUUUUAUAAUGUUUUUUAGACAAUUUGGGAUAUUUGAAGAUUACAAAAAAAUUAUAUGAGGAUACGUACGUGCAAGAAACUUCCAUAAAUACUCAAAAACUUUUUUAUUCUUAAGCCUCGUUUGAUCCUCCAAGUGUUUGACCAUUGGACAAUUUUUAUAUGAAAUGACCUUUUAACACUUUUUUGUAUACAAUUGAACAUGUUUAAAGAUUACUAUUGGGUCUGGCCAAGGGCCCAAUGACGCACAACAUGGUGAGAACUGUAGAUGAAUUUAAGCAAAAGAAAAAAAAUAAUUCAAUAAUUGUUAACGUUUUUAGCAGAAAUUUUCAUCUUCUUGAGACUCCUGGAGCAAAACUGGGCUCCAUCAGAUAAGAAGGAAUAAAUGUGUUAAUAAAACUAUAUAAUCUCCUUAAAAUGAAAGAACAUAACUUAGCCAAAUGGGAAUUAAUAAUAAAAAAAAAAAUUCUUAGUGUCCUUAAUCGAAAUGUUCAUUUCAAUUGAAAUUUUAUUUCGCGAGAGAAAAUUUUGCAAUCUAUUUUAUAGCAAUUGGAACGUGUUUAAUUGAACUGUAGCCUUUAUUAUUGAUUUAUUCGAGAGAAAAUAGAGGAAGAAAUACGAAAUUAUUUAUAUUAUUUGUAUAAUUAUUUAAAUAAACCAUAUAUGGAACUAAA